AUGGCAGCCGCCGAGAAGUCCUGGCCCCUCAGCAAGGUCACCGAUGGCGCCCACUGGGACGCCGAGGACAUCUUCGGGCACCUGUGCAUCGUGGCCGACGCCGCUUUCCUCUCCGCUGGCUUCUUGCCGUGCGACGCGCGGCCAGAAACGACGCCCUGGUUCGAACGGGCCCGCGGCGGGGGCAGGAUCAACAUGGGCAUGGGCGGGCAAUACUCCGCGCUGGCCAAACUGGGCCUCGCCGUGCUGACGAGCAACACGGCGAUCGACACUUAUGACGCCCGGCGCGACCCGGUCUCGGCGGCGUUCGUGUUCCUGUCGUACGCCGUCCUUGUGAUUCUGACGGCCCAUUUCGUCCGUGCAUUCGCCCACGCUCACGCUGGUGAGCCGGGGCAGGAGGACUAG